AUGAGAUAUCAUGACAGGGAAGGCUACAGCCCUUCAACUCCUCACAACCCACCCCACCCCUACCCCCACCCCCACACCCACCCAACACUUUGCAACCCACACCCACCUCUGCGCCCAACGCCUUACAACCCACAUCCACCUCUGCGCCCAACGCCUCAACCCACACCCACCCCUGCGCCCAACGCCUUGCAACCCACACCCACCUCUGCGCCCAACGCCUUGCAACCCACACCCACCCCUGCGCCCAACGCCUUGCAACCCACACCCGCCCCUGCGCCCAACGCCUUGCAACCCACACCCACCUCUGCGCCCAACGCCUUGCAACCCACACCCUUUCGUUAUCUAAUUCAGCCGCAUUCCGUGGGCGCUGAGGGCGUCGGAGUAACAGAUUGCAGCUAA